UCUAAAUUUACACCUGAAACCACAAGGAAAAAAUUUGAAUAUAUAAUUAAUGUCACAGAAUUUUUGCUCUGACUGGAUGACCAGUUGUUUCAUGGAUGUCCGCUGUGCAUCAGUAUUUCACAACAUUUAAAAGGACACAUACAAUUCAAAGAGACAGAGAAAUUUGUAAAAUAUUUCACAUUUCUUAAACACUUGAUUGCAUAAAUGUUCUGCUGCUUUUAUUUAUAAAUAUUAAACCCUAUUCAAAAGAACGGACUGGUGUCUUGAUAUUGAGGGUGGAUUGAGUUUCAUGAAGUCUGUGGUUUCUACUGGUUGAUACUGUGUGAUUAUCUUCAGUCGCAUGCAGCGAUCUAAGGCGGCACAUGCAGGGUAAUAGAGUGUUAAAUAUCUUUCUGUCCGAGCCUCGGUAUAAUCACCUCAUGGCACAGGGCCCUGUCUGUGGAUUACUUCAGGUUGAUGAAGCCAAAGGUCGGUGACACCGGACACCUAUUGAUUGAAUUAAUAAAGGGACUAUGUUGAGGUGGUAUCUGUACAUGGUGAGCUCCCUGGUUGUGACUGUAGAGGGGACCUGUAAGACAGACUACACAUACAUAGUUGACAACACAAAUCUCAUCUGUGGCUGCUGCGCCCCGGGAUUCUACAAGGAGGCAGACUGUCAGGAGACGAACAAGUCGGCCAAGUGUAAGGUGUGUUCGGACGGGGAGUUCAGUCUGUAUCAUAACCAGGCCACGCGGUGCCACCCUUGUACCAUCUCCUGUACUGACAGGAACUCCCAGCUGGUGGAGAACUGCACCACUCGAUCCGACAGCCACUGCCAGUGUAAUGAAGGGUUUUUCAUAAAAUACAGGUCAGCGGGGGAGAGCUAUUGUGACCGACAUUCCAAAUGUCUGCCUGGGUUCUAUGUCCAAAAAUUAGGCACUGCUACAGAUGACACGGUGUGUGUAUCCUGUCCAACUGGAACAUUCCAGGACCAAUACAACUUUGAGCUCCAGUGUAAAAACUGCUCCACAUGCUCCUCUUCCUCAGCAGAAACACAGGCCUGCACUGCACAGACAGAUACAGAGUGUGGGAAUAAACCGACACCUCAAAGUGAGAGAGAAAAGGACACAUCUGACCCCGGGGUGAUAGUGGGCAUUGUGGCAGGGGUCCUGGUGGUGGUGGCAAUCAUUGUUACCGUGGUGAUGUGUCGCAGGCGAGUCUGUCUACCCCAAAGCCAAGAAAAGAGCAGGCAUGAAGAAGAUGAGUUACGACAUGUCACAGCGGCCAAUGGACAACCGAUCUCAGACCAGGGGAAUCAGCAAGGAUUUACAAAUGGACAGAUGUACACUCUGAUUGUGCCAAAUGUAGAGGACACACCAGUGAGAGAGCGUUCUACAAGUCGUAGAGAAGUAGUGGAGAGAGGUUGGAUGGACCUUAGUCUUUUUCUACAAAAAAAUCUCCCUAUCAGUGACUGGAAGUUCAUCAUCAGGGAGUUGUUCUUGUCUGUUGGGAAAACAGCUGACCACGUUAUAGAGGAACACGAGGCAAAUCAUCAGCGGAACGUGCGGGAACAGAUAUACUGCUGUCUGAUCACCUUCAGCCAGCGCACGGAUAUGUGUUCAUUUGACCUUCAGAAGCUGGUUGACAUUCUGAGUAACCACGAGCACACGGAGUUAGCGACUAGUAUUCAAAACGAUGAACGAUUCACUGUGCUGUUUCCCAACAUGUCUUCUGAAAACAGCGACACAGAGUUCAGUGAUGUUCCUAGAAACCAGUGAUGUUUGUUUUUCUGUGCUUUGACUUCCAUUUGUAUCUAUCAGUGGAGUUUGUACAUGUUUUUGUCUUGCCAUAACUGUGAUUCUUGUGUUUGAACUGCUUCAUAAACAAAGUUAAUGAUCAAUCUGAGCAAAUAUUACAAAGGUUAGGUAUUGGUUCACACUGUCACUGUGAAGAUUUUUUAGUUGUAAAUUUUGCAUUUCUCUUGUAAUUUGAUAGAUCUUAUACAGUAUAAAAUCAUGUAAAGGUAUGAAGCAGCUGAAUAUGAACUUCUUUGUAUAAUGAAAGCUAUUUAUUUGGAGAUAAUGUUGUGAGAUCAAGAUAGUAUUAUGAAAAUUUAUCUCCUAUUAGACAAAGGUAAACUAGAUGACUAAUAGGGACACAGUUAAAUUAUUCCAUGUCACUGUAUACUAGUCACAAAAACUACAAACAAGAAUAGAUUACUUGUUGUUGAAACAUAAUGGCAGGGCAAAAGUUUCACUCCUCAACAAUGUUUCCAUUCACUUGCAAGGUAAAAUAUCUGCAUUACAAUUAGUUUAAGCCUUUCUUGUUUAGCUGUUUUAAAAAGAUGGAAAAUUCAUUUGUGAUGAAUUGAAAACUGUACAUUCAGGUUAAAGGAUCAAGGUCACAGUUCAUAUAUCACAGGUCAUGGAAGUUGACCUUUUAUGACACUCUUAUACUAUUCGUUCUUUGCAUGAUUAAUGAUUGGAGAGUGUGUAAUCAUAUUUUGACAGGAUGGAUUGAAAUAAUGCAUUGAUAUAGUCACUAUUGAUUAUCAGUGAUAACUCAUCACAUAUCAGACAUAGAUCUCAUUGAAAUGUAUUCAGUUAAAGGUUGUAUGCAUUAUUUAUAUGGUAAUUAUUCAGUUUUCGGGUGUUUUUGUUUAUUGCCUAUAUAUACUAUUAACUUGUUCAGUUUUGCUUGUAUACUACGUGUAUUAGCUUGGAAAGUUCUGAAGUUUUUUUUACAACUGACAUGACUCAUAAAUGAAUACAAUGUACUUUUAGUCCCCAAAAAAAUUGAAGCAAAGCUGUCUCCCUGUAGUUUGAUUGGAAAUUGAUUAUUCAACUUGCAUUCCUUGCAUUGUUAUUCUGUAUUGGUUGUUAUCAUGUUUUACAUUCAGUAGUUAGAUUUUUCUAACUUUUAUAUCGAAUCUUCAAUUAUUAUUAUUUUCAUUAUUUAUUUAUUUAUUAUUCACUAGUCCCAAAAUUGAUCUGGAGAUGAUGGCAAUUAUUUAAUGUACGUCUGUGAUUUUUCCCAAUACACAUGCAGGCAAAUCAAUAUGUGUUAGAAAACAUUAGGAUUAUGCAGUCUCCUAGGCAAAAAUGUUCAGAAAUUAUUAUUGGUGCAUUUCAUAUGUUGUUUUUCAUCUGAUAAAAAGGUCAUUUUCUUGUUCUUGAUUAAUCAUAAGUGGUCGAACUUUCUUAUAUUCUGAUGAAUUAUAGGUUCAUAACAUUUUUUGGUUUUAUGAAUAGAAUGUGUGGUACAUCCACUGGUUCAUGUACUAGUGGAGAAGACCAGAGCAGUACUGACUGUUAAAAUAUUGUAGCUUUCUUGGAUUUUUUUUCUCUUGAUCUGACUACAGUGUAGUCCAAAUAUAUGUGAUGUUUUCUUGCCUUAUCUAAUGAUUUUGAUAUUUUACUUGCCAAGAAAAUGUCAGAAUCAGUGCCAUUACAAAAAUUGGAAAUUUAUCGCCUCCGGCAUUUUGUCUCAAUUUUAAUAAAUGUAUCCUUAAACUCACCAAUAUAUUGCUUAAAAAGUAUUCUACUCCAUAUUUUGAUAAUCACUUUAAUAAAGAAUUGUACAUAUUAACCCUAUAUUGUCUAGUAUGUAUGAAUCAAACAUGUUAAACAUGUAUGAAUCAAAACAAAUCUUGACAGUUCGAUAAAUUGUGUUCAACAGUCUGUUGAUGGAAUGUAAGAACCCAAUAAAAGCGAUAUAUAUGAGUACUAGAAAUGUCGUUUUAUCAAUAAGUUGUGAGUUAAACAUUUGAUUUGACUCACAAACAUCUAAAAUUGAACAUGCCGCCUUCAGUUGGGGCAGUGAAUUCCCAGUUUUUGUUAUGGCGCCGGUUCUGACGUUUUCCUGGCAAGUUAGAUAUCAAAAUCAUUUUAAAAAAGCCAGGAAAAUAUCAGAUAUAUCAGACUACUUUCUUUACUGUUUACAGUGAAUUGUAACUUUAUGAUGUCUUCCACCUAGAGAUGUUUUAAAUUUUUCAUUAUUUAUAUCAAAUAUUUAAACAGAAAUAAGUUAUUUACACCUGAUUUCACCCGACUUUGAUAUUGUCAUCAGUGUGAUGCCUGCAUUGAUGUUGUGAGUUUUACCUGUGACAGAUCUAUAGAUAGGGUUUUAGAUGUUGCAGAUCUUUUGAUAGGGUUUUACACGCGACAGAUCUGUGGAAGUGGUUUUAUAUAUGAUAGAUCCACGUGUAUUGCUUUUUAAUGUCUGGCUUAUAGACUUGUAAAGUUAAUAGACUUACUUAUUACUUCGAUACAAGGGUAAAGUAUUUGCAGGUCAAUGUUUUGCUCAAGUGUUACAAUGUUAUCUUUAUUAAUCAUGUAAAUACGUUUUGGUUUACGUGUAAUAUGACAGUUGCCUCGGAGCGUCAUUUUCCCGUACUUUUUUGUUAUUUUGACUUCCUUCUAUCGCAUGUGUUAUUGUUACUGUUUUGUUUCUCUAUCUAGAUGUAAUCUACGUAUUGUGUUGGUGUUCAUAUAAUGACACACUCAGACACAGAGUGCUCAAAUACCAGUCCCAGUUCUAGCUUUAAAUCCACUUUUACUGUUGAUACUUAUUUAUACAUACAUGAAUUGCUACUCAUCUUUCAAUUGCUUAGGUUUGUGAAUUAGACCACGGUUUUUGUGUACAUGUGUAUAUAAAUGUUUGUAAUUACCCUUGUAAUGUAACUCAUAAAAUGAGCGCUAAUUUGAAAUACAUGUUAGAUAUGAUGCACAUUUUGCAAUAUUUCUAUUCUAUUUAAUUUUUUUCUAUUAGUCUGUAUUUCAUAAAUCUUAAAAUUUUGUCCUAUUCUUUAUUCUUAAUUUAAUCAUUCAAACACUUCUUAGAGUCGAAUUGAAGUACAAUACAUGUGUUCAUUUAUAUUAUAUAUAUAAUAUACAAUAAGUUAAUUAAGUGUUUUUAAACAUGUAAUACUUUUGUUCAAAAUCAUUGGAAAAAAAUCUUAAAACAAGCUUUAUUUUUAUUUAGCAAAGUUAAAAUCUUUUUUAUCCAAGACUAAAUUUAUCAUGUUAUCAAAAAUGUAUGUCCUGCUAGUAUUAAAAUUACUUUUAUAAAUCUUAUAUUUUUUUGUCUCUUACAUGUGCCAAGACAAAAAUUGAUGAAUACUUUUUCAUCCCAAUAUAUAAGUCUGUUGUUGACACAGAGAGAUCCUUUUUCAUUUUUGAUGAAAUAUCACAACUUUUAUAAACUUUUAUAAACUUACUAAAUAAAUGCUAAAUAAUUUCUAUUUGCUUUCCUUAGAAACUGAAAAUUAUAUCGAAGCAGAAUAGCAGAAUAUGCUGCUAAGCUGCUUUUGAUCAGAAUUAAUUUGUAAAUGCAUGUUUGUUUUUUUUUUACUUUUCAAUGAGCGUUCUUUGCAUAUUUGUAAGAGAGAGAGAGAGGAGAGAGAGAGAGAAAGAGAGAUUUUGUUCCAGUCUGGAAAAUGAUUUACUCAUGUGUUUUGUCAAACAAUAGACUAAGUUUGAUUAAUAAACUAUUGA